AUGACAGAAACGAGCGUACCUCAGGGAAAUUCCUUGUCAAAGGAAAACAAAUCUUGUUGCAAUAACUAUUGCGAGAAUUUAAGCCAAAAGGCGUUUCAAAAGAAACCCAUCAGCAUCGAUUUGGAUCACCUCCUGAGAACGCAGUUGAAUCGAUGUCUUCGAACAAUGGAUCUUAUUGGCUAUGGAAUCGCCUCAAUGGUAGGCGGUACCAUUUUCGUGCUCACUGGAACGAUAGCACGAAACAAGUCUGGCCCAUCAACGUUUGUCGCUUAUAUUUUGGCAGGUUUUAUCGCCAUCCUGAAUGCCACUACCUAUGCAGAGCUGUCAUGCCGUUUUCCCAAGGCGGGGUCAACUUACACGUACGUUUACGUCUUGCUGGGUGAAUUACCCGCAUUUUUGGCUGGUUGGUCGAUUCUUCUCGAGUAUGUCUUGAGUAUAUCAACGGUUGCCAGAGGAUGGAGCAGUUCUCUAAAUGCACUAACCGGUGGUGCCAUUGGAAAUUGGACCACAGAGAAUAUUGGAAGAUUGGAUAAACCCAAUGGUUUUUUUGCCGAAGAGCUGGAUUUCGUUGCUGCCGGUUUAGUUGUAGUGGUGGUAAUUACAACUUGUUUUGGUAUGGAAAAAAGUGCCUGGCUGAAUCUCGCCUUUACCGGCGUUAAUGUCGGAGUCCUUACUCUGGCUGCAAUCUUCAUGCUUGUAUAUGCCCAGCCCGAUCUGCUCACUAUUCCGUUUCCAUCAAAUGCUUCAUCCACUUCGGUCCUUCCUCUGACUAACCUUACACCAUUUAUGCCCUUUGGAAUAACUGGUCUGGUUGCAGGCACUGCAACAUGUUUUAAUGCCUUCAUUGGCUUCGACAUGAUGUCAAUGUGUGCAGAAGAAGCCAACGACCCUGGAAAGAGCAUUCCACGUGCUAAUGUCAUCUCAGUGUUGCUUGUGACACUUCUGUUGAGUGUGUCUACGCUCGCAUUAAUUAUGUACGUUCCUUGGUACUUGCUGGAUAUUGGUGCUCCCUUUUUGGAGGCGAUGCGCAACGGACCCGGUGAUGCAACAGCUGGAAAUGUUCUCUUCUACAUUGUGGGAGUUGGCUGUCUUAUUGGAAUAUUCUCGAACCUCUUAACUAGUGCAAUCGGUGCGCCAAGAAUCCUUUACGCCAUGGGCCAGGAUGGUCUGGUAUUUACAGGAUUUGCCAAGGUUACGGAACCGUUCAAGGUAAAGAAUGAAUUGGUUUUGUGUUGA